GUGGCUAGACUUGUGCUGGCUUUCACUCAUCCCCUAAAUGCACGGGGUCAACAUUGCGGUUUGCAAGCCUACCGGGAGAGGGCAGUUGGUGCAGCUGUACAAGAAGAACAUGUGGGGCCUCUUCCUGUUUGACAAAAAAAUCAAGCACGACGAAGGGGGGCAUAAGUGGGUGCACCUGUCAUACCGCAGGAGUAGUUGGGAAGCGAGAACCGAAGUUGGGGGUGACGAAAAUACGGUGUCUCGCCACAACCACUUCGACUUUCUAGAGCUCGGUGCAGAUUUUGAAGCUGAGUUCGACGCUAUCAUCUCCGUCGCCCGGUCUGGAGGAGAGGGCGACGGCGAAACUUCGCUGCCGUCACCUGUGCCGGUGAAAAGGAGGAGGGCGGCGGGGAGUGCGGAGACGACGUUGAAGCGGCAACGCACGAGCACGAAGACUUCGCAGCUGGAAGAUGACGACGGGCCGCUGGCGCAAUCGAAGCGCAAGCGGACGGCGAAGAGCGAUGGGGGUAGCAAGAAAAAACAAGGGCCAAGCGGAGAAAGCAAGGGGAAGUCAGGGGGAGGUGGCGCGGCCGGCAGCACGGGGGGGGGAAACUACGACUCCGAUGGGAGCAUUGGCGACGAGGGCACGGACUGGACUUAUCUCGGAUGCAGAGGCGCGCUCCCUUCUCUCACAAGGAGUCAACAGUUGCUGCGGCGCAAGCUGAACAAGAUCCCUGAACCAGCGUACAAGGCGGCGUUCAAACGUACGAGCAUCAUGAAAGCGAAGGCCGAAAAGGUGUGUUCUGUGUCCCGCGUUCCUCUUGUGAUCGUGUGUGAUUGCGCAUCCGUUAGGGCGUGCUUGUAGGAGUGUGUGCCUUUUGUCUUGUGUCGGCGACUGAUGUGUCGUGUUAUGUUCUGUACCGGGUUGAACCUCUGGUUGACGUGCUUUGUUUGGGGCAGUGACACAUAAUUGCAAUGGCCUCUUGUGAUCUAUUCUUUGUUUCCGCGGGUCUUUUCCUGCGGUGUUGUGUAGUGCAACUAAUUUUCUCGUAUCACGUACAACGCCCCUUCGUCGUUGGUUGUACGCAAUGGUUCCGUCGUGGUCGACGCCGUUGUACUGUCGCUUGUCC